GCGGCGGCGGCGGCGGCGGCUGCGAGGCGAAGCAAGACGAGGCAGAAGAGGACCGGGACCGUGUGCGGUGGCGGGGCGGCAGCGGGUAGAGGUGUGAGGGCAGCGAGAGACCUGAGGGGAAGCCGGGCCGGUGGGGCCGCCGCCGCCGCCAUGCAGGAAAUCAUCGCCAGCGUGGACCAUAUCAAGUUCGAUUUGGAGAUCGCGGUGGAGCAGCAGCUCGGGGCACAGCCACUGCCCUUCCCCGGCAUGGACAAGUCGGGGGCUGCUGUCUGUGAAUUCUUUUUGAAAGCUGCCUGUGGGAAAGGGGGCAUGUGCCCGUUCCGCCACAUCAGUGGCGAGAAGACAGUUGUGUGCAAGCACUGGCUGCGGGGGCUGUGCAAGAAGGGGGACCAGUGUGAGUUCCUGCAUGAGUACGACAUGACCAAGAUGCCUGAGUGCUACUUCUACUCUAAGUUUGGGGAGUGCAGCAACAAGGAGUGCCCCUUCCUGCACAUCGACCCCGAGUCCAAGAUCAAGGACUGCCCUUGGUAUGAUCGCGGCUUCUGCAAGCACGGUCCCCUAUGCAGGCACCGGCACACACGGAGAGUCAUCUGUGUGAAUUACCUCGUGGGAUUCUGCCCAGAGGGGCCCUCAUGUAAAUUCAUGCACCCUCGCUUUGAACUGCCCAUGGGAACCACUGAGCAGCCCCCACUGCCACAGCAGACGCAGCCUCCAACAAAGCAAAGUAACAAUCCGCCAUUACAAAGGUCGUCCUCCUUGAUCCAGUUAACGAGUCAGAACUCUUCUCCCAAUCAGCAGAGAGCCCCGCAGGUCAUCGGGGUCAUGCAGAGUCAAAACAGCAGCGCAGGCAACCGAGGACCCCGGCCGCUGGAGCAGGUCACCUGUUACAAGUGUGGUGAGAAAGGACACUACGCCAACAGAUGCACCAAAGGGCACUUGGCCUUUCUCAGUGGACAGUGACAGCAGCUGGAGUCAGCUCAGAACAGCCCGAGGGGCCCUGUUGUUGGGAGCGUGCAUUUAACUGUUCAGUGCAGUGCUGGUGCGACUCUAGCAGCUAGAGCUGGCAGGCAGGCAUGCUGCUGGGGCUCAUCGUUCUGAGGGGCCACGUCUGUUAGCUUCCUAUUAUUUUGCUGUAAUCUUCUUUUAGAAAGGGACACAUACUCCAGUUGGGUCCCUCAGGUCGACAUCAUGUUUGUCUAGGCAUCAGUGCCUCCUUUCUGGAACUCCCCACACACUGGCCCUCUGGGGAGGGAAGGAAGUUGCUGGGGAAGGGCCUGUGUCUCACAGUUCUGUGUGGAAGAUGGCCUUUCCCCUCGGGGCCUCAUUAAACCCCAGUUCUUGGUGCCCCAGGGACUGGUGUAUCAUUCAAAGCUGCGACCCUCCCUGUCCUGCUGAAUCCUGAAGCUGUGCCUACCAAUGUGAUCUGAACAAGGAGCCCUUCAUGGCAAACUCAAGUGCACUCAUUGCCUCAGCCUGGUGCUGCUCCAAGGUGGCAGCAGCUGAGGAGGGGUGCAGGGCUCUCACAUUUGAGGUUCUCUUUUUCCUCUGGGCUUCUUUCCUCUUGGGGAACCUGCCUGACAGUGUUUAAAGUAUACCUUCAGCUGGAGCUGCAGACCACCCUUUAAAUAGAUGGCCCCGUUCAUCUGUACCUGCUUCCUGCCCAUUGAGCAUCUAUACUGUCACUCAAGACACCUGUGGUGUGCAGAGGAGACAACCCUGUCCCUGAGCCUGGAAAAUGUGAAACUGUCACCUUGCAACCUGCUGGGCAAGUGGGCCUAUCCAAGUUGAAUUACAAGAACAAUUUUUAUGAAGUUGAUUAAAGCUU